UGGAACUACGUCAACAACAUUCUCACUUGCCAAAUACAUGAGGCCAAUUUCAACUUUGCCCAUGCUCAAAGGCAAACUCUACCUCAUCACUUGUCCAACGCUUGCUCAGAGUGUCUUCAACUCUCCCGACCUCUGUCUUGAAACGUUCUUGGUUGAUUUUUCCACCCGGGCUUUGUUGUUGUCAGCCGAAACACCGAAGAUUCUCGAAAAGUCUGGGCAUGGUAGCACACCGAGCUGCAAGGAAAAAAUUCCGAAGGCAGUUCAUGAAGCAUUCCAGCUUGGAGUUGAUCUUGUCAAGAUGAUUUUGGCUUCCCUGAUCUCCGUCGCAUUUACGAUCAACUCCCUCGGCCAUGUCACUGAGCCUAAAAGCAUGUUCGACUGGCUCCGACAAAUGAUCGCAUUAGACACCAGCAAGGCGCUGUUUGGAGCCCACGGUCCCCUUAAAGAGAAUGGCCUUUUGGUUGAUGCUUUAAGGUAGGAAGAAUUAUCCCCUCUCAAAAAGAUAGUUUGCUCGUUAUACAUCAAGUGCUUUGAACGAAGGCUCCAAGCGUAUUCCCUGGAGUCUCUCUGACGACACUUGAUCCUC